AUGGAAGUCAACCCUCCUACUACUCCUCGCGUUCCAUCGAAGAGGAGGUCCCCCUUCUCUGACACCACCGACUUCCCGCAAUCCCGCAACCACAAGCGUCAGAGGACCGUCGAGCGCAAAGAGCCCGCAGAUAAGCCCGGCGACUCUUCUCCUCCAAACCAGCAUACCACGUCGGCAGAGAAAAUCGUCGAGUCAGAGCACGAAGACGAGGAGUCGGAAGGUGAAGGAACGGUGUCUGACCCCAUGGACAUUGAGUCCGAAGACACAGCCGGCAAUCAUCUUCACGUCGCCGAUGACCUUGAGCGCGCCCUCGAAAGAAACACUCGCAGACCCAUUUUAGCCCCAGUCGAACCCGACCUGUCGACAAGUGACAUCGACGACUUACUCUCCGAUUCGGAGUUUGACUUGGACUCUGAAGACGAAGAGUUCAACUCCGUCACCAAAAAAUCUCCUUCUCAUCGAAGCCCCAGUCGCAACGAGGAGGAAUAUUACAUCGCCAUGUGUGACAUCGACUAUUACAACUCCCUGCCCGAGCCGGAGCUCCGACGCGAAGCCAUCCGCCGGAUGGAGGACAACUCCAAGGCUGAUCCCAAGGGCACUGUUGUCUAUCCUCCGCCGUGGUACAUCGCUACCCGCUUCGAUCCGCCCCGUCCUAGGGUGUGGAUCAAGGACUUCUUCUCGGGUAAAGUUCGCCCGCGUCAGUUGGUUAAUGACCGGCUGGCCGAGAUGAGCGUUGCCCAGAGGGAGAAGUGGGCGAGGGAGCAUGGAAUGGGAGGGUAUGACGAUGAGGACACCGAGUAG